UCGCGGUCCGGUCCUCGCCGCCCGCCGUCGCCGCAUAAGCCUCCUCCUCUCUCAAGAAUGGCGAGGGAGCUCGGUGGGCGCGCUUUAGGCGCUCUCUGGCGCACCCCGGCGCGGGCUCCCGCCUCGGGGCUCGGGAGCGACGAAAACGCGCCGCCGCCGGGCGCUUCGGGUGCCGCGACUUCGCCCCCCGCCCCCACGGACCCCGGCGCCGCCUCCCGGCCUCCCCUCCGCGCCAUCCAGCCGCCGCAGCAGCCCCGGUGGCCGGUGCCAACGCCCAAGAAAGGUUUGGGGGGUAGGCCUGCGAGCAAGACGCCGGCGCGGCGCGGCGCGGUGAGCACUUCCCUUGGGCCCACGAAGAGCCUGAGGAAGCCGGCGUUGAGGUCGGGGUUCUCGACGACGGUGGCGAGUUCUGCGGAGGUGCCGCCUUCAAAGGUCCGAGAUGCCAUCUUAUUCUGGGAGGAGAAUCGGAGUUUGCAGAAUGUUUUGCCAACAUUACAGCAAGAUGACUCUCAAGCACCUGCAAAGGUAGAAUACUGUUCUGAUGAUGGUUUCAUGAGGAACUCAGAAGAUAUAUUAAGCCUGCAGCUGGAGCUGGACAUAAUUAAAACAAUUCUUGUGGAAGAGAUAAAAGCACGAGCAGAAAUUGAAGUCAGGACAUCUGCUUUAGGUGAUGAGCUCAAAGCAGCAAAUUUACAUAUCCUUGAAGCUUACAGGCAGAAGGAAGACGCAGAAAAGGAACUGAACAGUGCAAGGUCUGUUGUGGAUGCUCUUGAAUCGCAGCAGAUUAUUUUGAUUAAUAAAUUAGAUGAGCUGAAGAAGAAACUAAAAAGAAUGCAGGCAUCACUUGAGAAAGCAUGUAACUUAAAUACAAGGUACCAACAGGAUCAGACUUCUCGCAGUUCUGCUGAGCAAGAAAUGGACGAAGUCCGUAGGCAAGCUGAGAUGGAAACUGCUGAGGUGAUUAUAUCCUUAACAGAAGAGCUAUCAUCAGUCCGACAGCAGCUACAUGCCACUGAAAAAAACGAGCUGUUGGCGAAACAAAGCCUUGGUGAAAUUGAUAGAAUAGAGCUUUUGUUGGAUGAGUCCAUCAAAACACUCGUGCAGAAGGAGGUUCUUGAACAUAACUAUGUUUCUUUGCUAAGGGGGAUGGAAGAAAAGAUUAGUCAGCUAGGGUCACAGCUAGACCAGUCAGACAGAUGCUACAAAGUUAGACUGAAAGAACUGGAAAUAAAGAUGCAAGAAGUGGAUGACAAGGCUUCAGCAUCACUUAUCUCAUGGAAUGAAGAAAGAGAGAUAGCAGAGCAAAGGAAGGCAUAUGCUGAAGAGAAGGAUGAAGAAGUCAAGCUUUUGGAGCGGUCGAUUGAGGAUCUUGAGAUUACUGUAUGCACAUUGGAAAAAAAGAUGGACAUCAUGAAGGAAGAAGUAGAACAUCAAACAAGGCAGCGAGGAAAAAUAGAAGUGGAGCUGCAGAAUGUCAGGCAACAAUUGCAAGAUGUGCCAUCCUCUGGGAAAGAAAGAAGCUUCCUGGAAGAUGGAAUAGUUGAUUUAGCUAGCUCAACUAGGCACCAGAAUGAUAUGAACAGUGAGCUACUGGGUGCUCAUGAGAGUAGAAUAUUUCAGAGAGAGGUUUCUCUUGAAUCAGCUCCUCAAGUGGAGCACCCAAAGGAGCCUUUUUCAGAUGAGUACAUGCAGGAGGCUGACCAGUCAGAUAUAAAGAUGGAAAAAGCACAAUUAUCAGAUAUGGAUUCUUGUGCAAGUGAGGAGCUGGAGCAGAUCAGUGCAAGUAAGCAUCCUGGGUUAUUUGGCAGUGGUGCAGAUAGUGAUCGGCCCCUGCCUGCAUUUGAUCUAGAGCAAGUGCGACCGAUAGUUGUGGAGCCAGUGAUUGAAGUUCUAAAGGAGAAUGAGUUGCCUCCAGUUUCCACAGUGCGGCCCAAUGAUCCUGUGAACUACAUGAGGGCCCCUUCUGAUGAGCUGAAGAGGCUCAGAAGCAGGAACCACUAUGAGGGUCGUAGGACAGCAACAGAUAGGAGAUUCUGGUCCAUAGAGCAGCAGGACUUAUAUACCUCCAUAUACAGUAGGGCCAAAUUGUUUGAUAUGAAGUGGAUAGACUGGGAACAUAUUGAUAGCAUAGAUCAGUUUGCUUGUGUCAGGGAGCAAUGUGCCCAUCUGGGGCUUGAGCAGAUCAUGAGUUAUCGUUGUGAUUGGAACAGUGAGCUGAUUAGGCAGUUUUACUCUACAGUUCACAUCAGUGCCGACAAGAGCUCUAUGACUUGGAUGGCAGAUGGUAGGAGGGUCACUACCAACAAGAGAGCAUGGGAAGAGAGGUUUGGCAUUCCUGGCGGUGUUCACACUGAGAUUCACUCGCAGUUUUUGCUUGAUGAUGAUGACAAGAGGAUCCUGUACACAGCUGCAGAAUGGACACUUGGCCAAAUCAGUGGCCUCUCUCCUUUGGCUAGCAUAGCCAAUAAGAUUAUUAGGACGACCAUCUAUCCCAAGUCUGGAAAUACACUUCACGCACAUAAUUGGAACGUCCUAUAUCACAUUGUGGAGCAGCAUCCAUUUGACAUAAUUGCUUUGAUCUUUGGUGAGAUAGAAUUGUUUAUUUCGGAUCGCAGUCGCACUAAGGACCUGCUGUUAUAUGCACCGUACAUCAUGGGGAUGAUUAUGACAGCAUUUGAAUACGACGGACCUAGAGAAUCCAGGCACCAUUCCUACAAACCCAGGCAUUCCUACAAGCUGAAACGGAUAAAAAAAGUUAGUCGUCCACCAGCACAUGCAGUACCUGCACCUUUUGAGCAACCUCCUUCAACUUUUCAGCCAGAGGUUGAGGCAGCUGGACAUCAGCCUCAGGGAGUUGCAGUCCCGGGGCAAGCCGUGCUACCUCAGGCUAUGACACGCAUAGAUCUCCUUCAGGUUGUUGAGGACGGACUCAGACCCAUAAGAGACUCAUUGGCCAGCAUGGAGGGUACGUUUAGCAGAGUUGAGGGUGGACCCACUCUCCCAGUGCAGCAUACCAAUAACUCUUCAUCUCAUAUCCCAGCUCCACAUUCCUCUCCGGCACCAUCCCUUCAGGCUACUACUCCAACACCGCCUCAGGCUCCAGCAGUUUCUUCUGAGCAGGCCAGCAGGAUGCACGCUGACAACUCCGGUGUCUCAGCUCAACCAGCUCUUGUGAGGUCAACUCCUUUUAGUCAGCCAGUUCUUGUGAGGCGAAGUCCUUUUAGUCGCUUUCCUUGGUAUCAAAUGGAGAAGUGAUGGGUAUAGGUGUGACCGUGUGAGUAGGGCACGGUGGCUAUCUUGCACUCAUAAUCUCAAUUAUUUUGUGUGUGUGUAUAUAUAUAUGGACAAGUUUUAUCUACACUCGCUUGUAGCUACUCUCACUACCAGUAUACCACCAUGCGUAU